GAGCAGGAAGAUCCAGAUCCGAAACAUCCCCCCACACCUGCAGUGGGAGGUGCUGGAUGGCCUGUUAGCUCAGUACGGGACGGUGGAGAAUGUAGAGCAAGUCAACACAGACACAGAAACAGCCGUUGUCAACGUAACGUAUACGACUAAGGAAGAAGCAAAAGUAGCAAUUGAGAAGCUGAGCGGCCACCAGUUUGAGAACUAUUCCUUCAAGAUUUCCUACAUCCCGGAUGAAGAGGUGAGCUCCCCUCCACCCCCCCAGCGAUCCCGCCGUGGGGGCCACUCUUCCAGGGAGCGGGGCUCGUCCCCGGGGGUCUCCUCGCAGCCCAAACAGCUCGAUUUCCCACUGCGGAUGCUGGUGCCCACGCAGUUUGUUGGUGCAAUCAUAGGAAAGGAGGGCUUGACCAUAAAGAACCUUACUAAGCAAACCCAGUCCAAGGUUGACAUCCAUCGGAAGGAGAACGCCGGCGCAGCCGAAAAGCCCAUCACCAUCCACGCCACGCCAGAGGGCUGCUCGGAAGCGUGCCGCAUGAUCCUCGAUAUCAUGCAGAAGGAGGCGGACGAAACGAAAUCAGCAGAAGAGAUUCCCUUGAAAAUCCUAGCACACAACAGUCUGGUGGGGAGGUUGAUUGGCAAAGAGGGCCGCAACCUCAAGAAGAUCGAGCAGGACACGGGCACGAAGAUCACCAUCUCCCCUUUGCAGGAUUUAACCAUUUAUAACCCCGAGCGGACCAUCACGGUGAAGGGCAGCACGGAGGCCUGCUCCAGCGCCGAGGUGGAGAUCAUGAAGAAGUUGCGAGAGGCCUACGAGAACGACGUGGUGGCCGUCAACCAACAAGCCAACCUGAUCCCGGGACUAAACCUCAGCGCUUUGGGCAUCUUCUCGACGGGACUGUCCAUGCUUCCAUCCGGCCCUGGGGCCCGAGGGGCUGCCGCAGCUGCCCCAUACCACCCGUUUGCA